AUGGUGUCUUUGUGCUGGCUGUGGUGGUUGAUCAACGCGGUCGUGUGUUGCGUGGGCACGGCGAUCGUCGUCCGCCGGUUACUAGUACCGUGGUCCUACUGGUUGGGCCGACGGGCCCUGUGCUGGUGCCGGUACGCUCUGUCCCGUGGCCACGCAGACAUCGGGCCCAGACAACAGCGUGCCCCGCCCGCUUGUCGGUGCUGCGGUGGCUUGAACUUUGACGGCAUGGCUGGUAGCUGGGCGGUGGUGACUGGUUGCACCGACGGGAUCGGCAAAGAGUACGCGAUGCAGUUGGCCGACCGUGGAAUGAAUGUUGCACUGGUCAGUAGAAACUUACACAAGUUGCUAGACGUAGCGCAGCAGAUCGACGCACGGCACGCGGGUCGAGUGAAAACUAAGAUCAUCGUAGCGGACUUCACGUCGUCCGGCGGCACCGUCCCUCUGUCGGGGACUUAUGAAGCGGUGCGCCGUGGACUCGGCCGCUUGGACGUGCGGCUGCUGGUUAACAACGCGGGCGUGGGUUACGCGCGACCGGAACGGCUGCUUGAUCUGGCGCCCUGCUGUACGGGAAAGUUACCCGAUCCGUGCCGAGACGUGGUCGAGUGCAACGCGCUGGCCACCGUGGCCAUGUGCCGCAUAGUCAUGCCACUGAUGGUCGUCGACGAUACGGACAGCGACGACAGCCGCGGCGGCGAUGAUGCGGAAGCAGACUUCCGGCAGCAAUUGGAUGACACGGAAUACACGUCUCCUAAACGCGGAGGCGGAGGCGUCGUCAUAAACGUGUCGUCAGCAUCGGCUAAGCUGCCGUGUCCGCUGCUCAGCGUUUACGCUGCCACAAAGGCGUUUAUCGAAAAGUUUUCGGUGGAGCUGGCGGCCGAGUACGGCGAAGAGAGGGAGAAUCAUCAGAUCGCGGUCCGGUGCUUGACGCCAGGGUUCGUGGCCACCAAGAUGAGCAGGAUCCGACCGACGUCCACCGGCGACACGGGCUGGACUUACGCUCCGGUACCGAGGUCGUACGCCAACCACUCGCUCCGGUCGUUGGAUUGCCACUGCUUUUGCGGCCUGAAAGGGCGAGAGCGAGCGCGGGCGGACCGAAACAGCGAAGGCGAAGAUGGUAAGGCCGACGAACCAAGAUGGUUAGCGAGAGUGGUCAGCGCAGUCUUCGACUCGCCGUCGUCGCCGCUGUCGGCCGGACACUCCGGCGUCACGACCACUGGUUACCCGUCGCACACGAUCAUGCUGAUGGCGGUGAACGUAAUCCGUUGGGUAUUCGGAGAUCAAUAUUUGGCUAGCGCCGCUGGCCGGAUGAUGUGCGGUAUGCGGAACCGGAUGGCAGCCAAGAUGCAAAAACAAACGUCUAGCGCCGAGUUCGAGACCCAAAACCACGAGUUUGGUAGUAGUCACAACUAG